AUGAUCCUCCUCCAUAACAUUAAAGCAUUCUCCCAAGCUCUCGAACUCAUCAUGAUGCUUUCUCACCUAUCCCUAUCGUCAGCAGGCAUUGCGACUGCCACACUGCUACUGCUGUUUAGCGGUGCGCAAGGGCAACAAAUGAUGGCGAAUAACGGCACCCAAGGCCCCUCUGGCUUCCCUGCAUGUGACGCCCUCGUGGCCGCCAACUUAUCCCACGUCAUUCACUUUCCGUCUUCUCCCCUCUACCAAACCCUCGUUCAGAACGGCUCUUACGCUAUCUCCACCCGAAAACAGCCUUGGUGCUUCGUUCUUCCGAGCACCGCCGCUGAGGUCUCCAAAACUCUUACCGCUCUUCAAUCCGCCGGUGAUGGUGCCGGAGACUGGCAUGUGGCCAUCCGCAGCGGCGGACACGGGGGUGAUAAUCAGAACAACAUUGUCGACGGUGUGACCAUCGACUUGACCCACCUCAACACCACCACGUACGACGCAGCUACCAACGUCGCACACGUCGGGACCGGGGCGAGAUGGGGUGCUGUGUACGCCGCGUUAGAAAAGGACGAAGUCUUAGUGACGGGCGGAAGAGAAUCUGUCGUAGGCGUGGGUGGACUUCUUCUCGGCGGUGGCAUCUCGUGGUACACGGGGCGUACGGGCUUCGCCUGUGACAGUGUCGUCAACUACGAGGUGGUCCUAGCGAGCGGGGAGAUCGUCAAUGCCAACGCGUCGGCUAAUUCGGACCUAUGGCGGGCUCUGAAGGGAGGCAGCAGCAACUUCGGUAUCGUCACUCGCUUCGAUCUCGCAGCGUUUCCGGCUGAGAACUUGCACAUGGAGACGAAGACCUUUAGCCGAGAGCACGCCGGUGAGCUCGUGGAUGCGGUUGCUCGUUUCGCCGAUUUGGACCGGUCGUUCCAGGACAAUGCGGUGCUCCUUGUCGUCACUUACGAUCCAGAAACCGAAGCCAGCAUUUGGAGGGCGACUAAGGUCAACACCAUGAACAAGGCCAACAGUACAGCAUUCGACGCCUUCGACCGCAUCCCGACGUCAGCACCGACUAUGGAGAAGUCGGUGACGCUUGUCGAGGCUGCUAACAGUACCGCGCUGUCCGGCAAGAAUCGAAACGCUGGAGCUGGGGCUUUGACCGCAGUUAACGAUCCAAGAGUCCUGCGGUACUGCAUCGAACAGCAUGAGGGCCUCGUCGCAGACAUGAAGGCUCUCCUCGGACCAAAGAACUUUACCACGAUUCUCGACUUCCAGCCAAUCCCGUCAUACUUUGCCGAUAUUGGCGUGCAGAAGGGGGGCAACAUGCUCGGACUCGAGCGAGACUCGCGCAACAAGGUUCUUUUCGUCAUGGGAGUGACUCUACUAGGAUCAAACAGCGAAGAGCUCUUCCCGCGGGUUUAUCAGCACGUUGCAGCCGCAAACAAGAGAAUUGAAGACUUCUCAAAGUCAGUUGGUAGCGACACUGAGCUCAGAUACCUUCCCUAUGCGGACUCUAGGCAAGAUGCAAUUGGAAGUUACGGAAAAGCCAAUGUGGAGCACAUCCGAAAAGUUGCGGAGGAGUAUGACCCCGAGGGCUUCUUCCAGUACAGGGUUCCAGGCGGCUUCAAGAUCAGCCGAGUUUGA